AUGAUACAUCUUGAGCAGAACGUAUGCCAAAGACGUGAAGUGAAAGUACACUGUGAAGUGUAGGUUAGGUACGUAGGAUUUUCAGACAUGGUAGGCCAUCAGCCACAGUUGGGAAGAAAGUUGAGGACCAGCAACAAUUUCAUCACUUUGGUUUGGCUGCUUGUGUCAGUUUUGUCUGAACUAUUGGGUAUGGCCGAGUCCCAGACAAUCGUCGAGACCCUACCGGGCUUUCCCGGCAAACUUCCUUUCAAACUUGAAACUGGAUAUGUGGGCGUCGGGGAAGCCGACGACGUACAACUGUUUUACUACUUCAUAGAAUCCGAGGGGAACCCCAGGAAGGACCCUCUGUUGCUCUGGCUUACCGGUGGCCCUGGUUGUUCUUCUCUCACCGGACUGGUUUACGAAAUUGGUCCAUUGUCAUUUAAUUAUGAAGAUUUCGAUGGAAAUCUACCAACAUUUUUGUUGAACCCAUAUUCAUGGACAAAGUUUGCUAGCAUUAUAUUUUUAGAUGCUCCCGUUGGCACGGGAUUCUCAUAUGCAACAACCUCCCAAGGUUACAAUGUGACAGAUAAAAUAGCAGCAGCACAAAACUAUGAAUUCUUGAGGAAGUGGCUAUUGGAUCACCCAAAAUUCAUGUCAAAUGAGCUCUACGUCGGGGGUGAUUCAUAUUCCGGCUUCAUUGUUCCAAUCAUCGUUCAAGAAAUAUAUAAUGAUAACAAUGUCGGACGCACGCCAUUCAUGAAACUCAACGGGUACUUGCUUGGCAACCCAGUAACUGAUCAAGGUAGGGAUGCCAAUGCAAGAGUCGAAUAUGCUCGUGGUAUGGCACUUAUAUCUCCUGAACUCUAUGAGGCUGUCAAAAGAAGUUGCCAUGGUGAGUAUGUGAAUGUAGAUCCAGAAAACGUAGAAUGUUUGAAAGAUGUUGCAGCUGUGACGAUGUGCCUCGAAAAACUUGAUCCUGCCAACAUUUUGGAACCCAAUUGCCCUUUAAUUUCCCCAAAAUCAAAGGGAUUAGGAUGGAAUCAAGCAUUUCUUGAACAAAAUCCUACGGAUAUUCUCCUUUCAUUGUCCCAACCUCCUGCCUUAUGGUGCCGGGUAUAUACUUAUGUGCUCUCUUACCUUUGGUGUAAUGAUGAAUGUGUACAAAAUGCCCUUCACAUCCGGAAGGGAACAAUCAAGACCUGGGUAAGAUGUAAUAAGACCAUGUCGGCCUACACAUCUGAUGUUAUCAGUGCCGUUGACUAUCAUCGAAAUCUCACCAAGACAGGUUACCGAUCUUUGAUUUACAGCGGAGACCACGACCUGAGUGUUCCGUAUGUGGGCACCCUAGGAUGGAUUAGAUCCCUCAAUAUGACUCUCAAUGAUGCUUGGGCCCCAUGGCUCGUGGAUGGUCAAGUUGCCGGGUACACAAUGGACUUCUCGAAGAAUCAUUAUAGUAUGACUUAUGCUACAGUCAAGGGAGGGGGUCACACAGCUCCAGAAUACAAGCCUAAAGAAUGUUUUGCCAUGGCGAAAAGGUGGUUUGCCCACUACCCUCUAUGAUCUAAUAGGCCUUUGCAAUAUGCUCAGUGACAAAAUGAAAAAACAAUUUGCCCACCAUCCAUUAAUUAUUGCAAGAAAUUUAUGGUGUAAUCAUAAUUACUAAUUUGGUCUUGCAAGAGUCGUGUUAGAGUCUAAUAAAGAAUAAAUCUUUAAUAA